AUGACACUACACACCUGUGAGCAAAGCAAAUCCACCCGAUCGGUUAAAAUUUUAAUAGUUAGGUUUAUUUCCUUCCAACAUCAGAUCGCCCUGAUUUCCACCCUGUUGGUACUGGUAGCUUCUGCCCCCGCCAUCGAUGAUGCCACCGCCACCAUUCUAACGCAACAGAACCAGAUCGACCCGGAUGGAGAAUAUGCGUGGAAAAUCGCCACCAGCAACGGCAUCCAGCAGGAGGAAAGUGGCACCGGCGGUCAAUUCGUGCAGGGAUCCGCAUCAUGGGUUGGCGACGACGGAAUACCCAUCGUGCUGACCUACACAGCCGAUGAAUUUGGAUACCAUCCGCAGGGAAUUCACCUUCCGACGCCACCCCCGAUUCCGGACUACAUUCUGCGAGCUCUGAAGUACAUCGAGGCACAUUCGCAGAAUCGCGUCUGAAGGCAGAAAAGGGGGAAAAUCUUACACUACGAACAGGGUACAGGACCCUGUUUAAAACCAAAAUGUGUGAAAUACUCUGAUAAGCUGCCAAGUUCAAUAAAAAAGAACUCAUUGUUAAAUUUAAGCUCUCGCAUCAUCGAACGUCUAAAUAAAUAUAUUUAAUUAAAGAAGGAAAAGUAAAGAAGUCAGUAAAAUAUAACCAUGUAUUUUAU